AUGGUUCGUCCUCUACUCCUCAUUUCAGUUCUACUUGUCGUCAUUCUUCUGACCCUCGACGUCACUGCCACCGAGAUCGGCAAGUGCAACCUGUGGCAAGGAAAGUGUCCGCCGGGAUGGAAGACGUUCGCCCGUGCCCCAGGAAAACGUAUCUGUCUCCGCAUCUUCCAUCAGAAUGCCACGUACCUGGAGGCUCAGAAUAUUUGUCGGAAGCAGUAUAACUCAAGGGUUCAUGGAGUUGAGAAUGUGGAGGAGCAGUUAUGGUUGAAGAUGAAAUCCAAGAAACUCAUCACGGAGAACCCUGGAUACAUGUGGCUGGGAGCUCGUCGUAAGGCACACUGCUUCAAGACUCCAGCUCAAAUGGCAAACGAGGAAGGGUGUAGAGAAAAUAAUCUGAGAUUCCAAUGGGAUGAUCAGAUUACUACUAACAACUUCAUGUUCACUCAGUGGGAUCAGUCAAUCGAUGCGCCAGAUAGUUUGGAGAGCAACGGGGCGCCAGAGGAUUGUGUGGUGAUGAAUGUGCAUGAGAAUGGAGGGUUCAUUGAUGAUAAGGAGUGA